AGAUUCAACGAUGCCGUGUUACGGUUAGGAGCUGUGCGCCAGGCGUUUAGCACAGUAGAGACAAUUAAAGAGGAAUCCAGGAAACGGCUGGGUGCCUCCCGGGCGGAAGACGACAAGGUGCUGACUGACAUGUACCUGGAAUUACAACGGAGAGACCCCCUAUUCAACGGUGCUGCGCCGAAGGAUAACGAUGAGGUGCUGAUGUACCUGGAG